UAAACCAGUACUCCUUUUUCUCCCAUUUCAUUUCAUUCCAAACCAAUGACCAAUAAACCAAAACAUCUUCAGCCUCUUCUUGUAAUCUACACGUUAUUUAUCAGUUUCCUGAUUCUGACAAAAUCAAAUGCAUUAAACGAAGCAGCAUCAGUUGGAUAUGGUUACUUUAUUCGAUCAUCGACCGUUGAUUCAUCAGGAAAAACGCUCACUGCUUAUCUUCAGCUCAUCAGAAAUUCCUCUGUUUUUGGAUUCGACAUUCAACUUCUCUGCCUGACUGCAAGCUUGGAUACAAAAGACCGUUUAAGAAUCAAAAUAACGGAUGCCAAUCACCCAAGAUGGGAAGUCCCACACGACAUCAUCCCCCGCCAGUCCCACUUCCCCCUCCACCUAGAAAAUCGCAGUUCACCACCACAAAACCGUCGCUACCUACUCUCCGGCCUCAACUCCGACCUCAUACUUACUCUCCACAACACCAUCCCAUUCGGCUUCACGGUCACCCGUCACUCCUCCGGCGAAACUCUCUUCGACACCACUCCAGAGAGCCACCAAUCCAGCACGUACCUCAUCUUCAAGGAUCAGUAUAUACAGCUCUCUUCCUCAUUGCCACCCCAUACUUCCAAUCUUUACGGCAUCGGAGAACACACGAAGAGCUCGUUCAAUCUGCACCACAACCAGACGCUGACUCUGUGGAAUGCUGACAUUGCCAGCGCAAAUCUUGAUGUCAAUUUGUAUGGUUCUCACCCGUUCUACAUGGACGUCAGAUCCCCUCAUGGAACCACUCAUGGAGUUUUGCUGCUAAACAGCAAUGGCAUGGACGUUGUGUACUCUGGGGAUAGGAUUACUUAUAAAGUCAUUGGUGGUGUUCUUGAUUUGUACUUCUUUGCAGGGCCUAUGCCUGAAAUGGUUAUGGCACAGUAUACUGAACUCAUUGGACGCCCUGCCGCAAUGCCUUACUGGUCUUUCGGAUUUCACCAGUGCCGCUAUGGGUAUGAAAAUGUCAGUGAUCUUGAGAAUGUGGUUGCUGGUUACAAGAAAGCUCAAAUCCCUCUAGAAGUUAUGUGGACGGAUAUUGAUUAUAUGGAUGCCUAUAAGGAUUUCACUCUUGAUCCUGUCAAUUUUCCUCAGGAUAAGAUGAAAAUUUUCGUCGAUGCCCUUCAUCAGAAUGGUCAGAAAUAUGUGAUGAUCAUAGAUCCUGGGAUCAGUGUAAAUGAGACAUAUGAGACCUACAGAAGAGGGAUGCAAGCUGACAUCUUCAUAAAGCGUAAUGGUGUUCCUUACCUUGGUCAAGUUUGGCCUGGACAAACCUACUUCCCUGACUUUGUAAAUCCAUCAUGCGGAGCCUUUUGGAGUAACGAAAUCAAAAUAUUCCAUGAAGUACUCCCUUUUGAUGGACUCUGGAUUGACAUGAAUGAGUUAUCAAAUUUCAUAUCAUCACCUCCUAAUCCAUCUUCUACCCUCGAUGAUCCUCCUUACAAGAUCAACAACGCUGGAAUUCAAAAUCCCAUCAACCAGAGAACUGUCCCUGCAACAUCACUACAUUUCAGCAACAUCACAGAGUAUAAUGCACACAAUCUCUAUGGGUUUUUGGAAUCCAAGGCUACUAAUGCAGCUUUAACUAAUGUCAUUGGUAAAAGGCCAUUUGUGUUGAGUAGAUCUACUUUCGUGGGUUCUGGCAAGUACACGGCACACUGGACUGGAGACAAUGCAGCCACAUGGGAUGAUUUGGCGUACACAAUACCAAGCAUCUUGAACUUUGGAAUAUUUGGAAUUCCAAUGGUUGGAGCUGAUAUAUGUGGUUUUUCAGAAAACACAACUGAAGAACUUUGCCGACGAUGGAUUCAGCUUGGAGCCUUUUAUCCCUUUGCUAGAGACCACACUGCGAAAUUCACCAUCCGUCAAGAGCUAUAUAUCUGGGAUUCAGUAGCCGCAUCAGCCAGGAAAGGGCUUGGACUUCGUUACCGGCUAUUACCAUACUUCUACACAUUAAUGUUUGAGGCACACACUAAAGGCAUCCCGAUUGCCCGUCCAAUUUUCUUCUCGUUUCCCCAGGAUACCAACACUUACAAAAUCAGCUCACAGUUUCUACUCGGUAAGGGGAUAUUGGUUUCACCUGUACUACAUUCUGGAGCAGUUUCUGUUGAUGCAUAUUUUCCAGCAGGGAACUGGUUUGAUCUCUUCAACUAUUCCCAUUCCGUGAUCGCACAAAAUGGAAAGUACGUCAAGCUUGAUGCGCCUCCCGAUCACAUCAACGUGCAUGUUCGGGAAGGAAAUAUAUUAGCUAUGCAAGGAGAAGCAAUGACAACGCAGGCAGCUCGGAACUCUCCAUUCCAACUCUUAGUUGCCAUCAGCAUCCAUGAAAAUAGCUCAGGAGAAGUUUUCUUGGAUGAUGGAGAGGAUGUGAAAAUGGGAGGGGAUGGAGGAAAAUGGAGUUUCGUAAAAUUUAACAGUGGUUCACUAAGGAAUAGGCUAAUACUAAGAUCUAAAAAAAAAAAAAAAAAAUUUAAAAAGGAUGGUGGAUUACUAUGA